AUGUCAGCGGCAAGCGUAACAGCAAACAUUGGUACUUCACAAGCGGCAGCAUUAGGUGAACGUCAGUCAGCUGCGGCAGCAUCAGCUUCUGCUUCGGUACCAUCUUCAUCUCGAUGGAUUUUCACCUAUGAACAGCUGAUGAGGGUUCCUAGUAUUCGAGAAGGCAUGUCACCGGAAGAAGAGUUAAAAAGGCGACGUGUAUCAGCAAGUACAAUCCAUCAAAUGGCUGACAGGCUAAAUCACGAAUCUCGAGUGCGGAUAUCUCAAUUAUGUAUUUGUGCUGCAAUGAUGCAUAUGCAUCGAUUCUUCGUCUUUCAUUCCUUCUUCAAGUUCGAUCCACGGGAUAUUGCUGCUGCAUGUUUAUUCUUGGCGGGUAAAUCGGAAGAAUGCCCUCGGAAACUGGACCACGUCGUGCGUAUCUGGUGGGCCAUCAAGUUUCCUCAUUCACCAAAUUUGGACAAUAAUCGUCUUUAUGAGGCAUCGCAACUGAUUGUCACAUUGGAAAAUCUCGUCCUGCAAACAAUUGGCAAGUUUUGCUCUUUGUUUGGAGUAGCAACGAUGCAAUCAUAUUUUGUUAUUUGCCUACUCAAAUGUCGAACAUUCGAUUUGUCAGUGGACAUACCGCAUCCAUACGUCCUGACGCACAUGCAAAAAUUUGCACGAGAUGCUUCGGGAAACAGAAGAAUAUCGGAAAUAGCUUAUUGGUUUGCGAGUGACAUGCUCCAUAUGACAAAUUGGGGAGUACGUUAUACGGCAAAAGCGAUUGCGUGUGUUUGUAUCCAAAUGGCAUGUCUUUGGGCAGAAUUUGAAAUUCAAACAACACCCGAUGAGGCACCAUGGUAUAAACAGGUUGAUCCGACAAUGACGCUAGACAAAUUAUUGAAAUUAACUGAAGAAUUCUCCCGUAUUUACAAGACGCAUGGCGAGUCAUUGAACAUCAAGAAAUAUGCAAUGCGUAGUUCACUAAGGGAAACUGCUACACCACAGAAUCCCAAUCAGUCUCAGCAACAAUCACCACAACAACACUCAUCACAACAACCACGGCAAGGACAGAAUCAGGUUGCACCAUCAAUCGCGACUCUACCACCGCCUCCGGUGGCACCGCAGCUUAAUAUAGCCGUGGCUGUAAAAGGUGCUGAGCCAACUCGGCGGAUCGACCUCAGUGAUUACAAAUUACGGAAUAAUGCAGCGCAGCAACAGCAGCAGCCGAGCAAUUCACAAAAUUCUGCAGCGCAAGCUCAACGAAGAAAUUUCAUGCGACCUGAUGUACUACCACAGACCGUUGCUAAAGGACUGGAUUUAUCGCUUCCUCCAAUUAUUGCAAAUGGCAAGUUUGAUUGCAUGCAUCUCAAAAUGUAUUUUAUAAACUUUACGAUGUCAAAUAAACCCGAUCCAGUUAAGCCAAAUGAAGCCAAAGUUGUCCAAAUGUCAAAAUCUGGGACGCCAAAACCGACGACUUCGCAAAAACCAGCCAUCACGAAUGCUGUGAAACAGUUGCAACCUAUGAGACAGCCAGCGGGGGCCAUUGAACAAGAACGACAUAAAAAGCCCAAACUAGAUGAUUACGAUAAAGAUUUGAAGCACAGAAGAAUUGAGAAAACGAAUGCAGAAGGUGAAUUCAAACGAACUUUUGCGUAA